AUGGCCGUUCAGGUCGCCGGCGUCCCCUCUCUUACAGCGAACCAGCCGUCUGAACUCAGAAAAACGGAUUGGGACUCGCAAGAGGAGUCCAUGCUGGGGGACAGCAGCAGCAGCAGCAUUAAUACAAGGAAGCGGGAAAUCAUUUUCCUUCAAAAGAACAAGUCACAGACAGACGGGGCGGAGAAGGGAAGGAAGCUCCUACAAGAGCGCAGGCGGGCAUCUGUACACAUCACAUCUGGACUGACUUUACGCAAGAAAAUGGAUCUUCCUACUACAAGAAUGCCAGCGCUGAACACCACCGCUGCACAUUGGAACCAAAGCGGCAUGGAAGAACAGAAGAACUGCAUCGAUCCAGAUGUUUGGCAUGCACUCACUAGCAGCCAGCCCAUCUACAUGGCGGUCAUCACCGUGUUGGGAGUGGUGUUAAACGCCUUUGUGCUGCUGGUGUUUUGCCUUCACAAGAAAGCGUGCACUGUGGCGGAGAUCUACCUGAGCAACCUGGCGGUUGCCGACCUCAUCCUGGUGUCCUGUCUUCCGUUUUGGGCUAUCAACAUUGCAAAUGAUUUUAACUGGCCUUUCGGUGUGGCCAUGUGCAAAGUGGUCAACGCGGGCAUCAAGAUGAAUGCUUACUGCAGCAUCUACUUCCUGGUUUUAGUGAGCAUAGAUCGCUACGUGGCGUUGGUUCAUCCCAUGUCGCACGGGCGAAUGCGUCGACCCAAGUAUGCCAAAAUUGGCUGUCUUCUAGUGUGGGUGUUCGGCUUGCUCCUGAGCACCCCGACGCUGGUCUUCAGGACUGUCAUGCAUUUCCCGGAAUAUAACGUACACGCCUGCGCUCUUGAUCUUCCAAGUCGUACCUUAAUGUUGCUCCGCGAUGUCAUAUUAAUUUUUAUUAGUUUCAUCAUCCCGAUCGUCAUCAUCUCAUUCUGCACCGUCAAGAUCAUCCAAUCGUUAAAGAAAAGGUCAGUCGAGAGAUUCAGCGCUGAGCAGAGUGAACAGAAAGCCACUACACUGGUCUUGGUCGUCUUGGGUGCCUUCCUUAUCUGCUGGAUACCAUUUCACAUCAACACAAUGGCGGAUAUUCUAUUAAAGGCCGGUUUAAUUGGAGGAUGUCACCUUGAAGCAGUCAUAGAUAUUUGCGAACAAAUCUUUGUCUACUUGGCCUUCUUCAACAGUAUCAUCAACCCCAUCUUGUAUGUCAUAGUUGGUAAAAACUUUCGGAAAAAAGCUCAGGAAGUGUGUAAGCAGUGGCCCUUGAGUAGCGCAACAACAGCGUCUACACGUUCUAACACUUCUGCAACGUUGAGGACGUUUACAUGA